AUGGAAAGACCUGACAAAUGCAUGUGGAAAGAAGCUAUUGAAAAAGAAUUGAAGACCUUAGAAGACAAUAACACCUGGGAAGUAGUAAAGGAAGUUCCAGUUGGAGAGAAUCUCGUGAGCAGCAAAUGGGUGUUCAAAGUAAAAGAAAUAGAAGGAAAAACUAUCUACAAAGCCCGCCUAGUAGCACGAGGCUUUGUACAGAAAAAUUGCGACGACGAAACCUAUGCACCAGUUGCAAAACUAACCACUUUCAGGACAUUGAUGGCUGUGGCAAACCAGAACCAGGCUGAGGUAAAUCAGUUUACCAGAUGGAUGUUACCGGAGCCUUUCUCCAUGGAGAUAUCAACGAGACAGUCUACAUGA